AUGGCCGCCAAAUCCCAUAUCCCGAUCGUCAAGAAGCGCACAAAGCGCUUCUUCCGCCAUCAAUCCGACACCUUCAAGUGCGUGCCCGCAUCAUGGCGCAAGCCCAAGGGUAUCGACAACCGUGUCCGCAGACGAUUCAAGGGUACCAUUGCCAUGCCCUCGAUCGGUUAUGGUAGCAACAAGAAGMCCCGCCACUUGAUGCCCUCUGGUCACAAGGCUUUCCUUGUCCACAACACCAAGGACGUUGAGCUCCUCCUCAUGCACAACCGCACUUACGCCGCUGAGAUCGCCAGCGCCGUGUCCUCCCGCAAGCGUGUUGACAUUCUGGCUAAGGCCAAGGCUCUCGGUGUCAAGGUCACAAACGCCAAGGCCCGCGUUACCACCGAGGCAUAG